GAGAUAUGAAGGAAGUCAGCAGCAAGACAUGUUGGAAAAUGGUGAAUCUGAUGACAAUGAAGGGGAACUCUUGCUUGAGGUCAACAACACUGAGGCUGAAACAGCAGCAGACUACUCAGGCAAGAGCCAGCAGGUGAAAAAAGGAUACAAGCCAAGGGGGAAGAGAUAUGAAGGAAGUCAGCAGCAAGACAUGUUGGGAAAGUCUGGAUUGGAGAGCAAUCAGAAGGACUUCAACCGUGAUGUCCACAACUUGACAACUGAAACAGCAGCAGACUACUCAGACAAGAGCCAGCAGGUUUGUGACUGUGGAUGGUCCAAAUGGACCACUGACCGAGGCCUGAGGACUCACCAGGUGAAAAAAGGAUGCAAGCCAAGGGGGAAGAGAUAUGAAGGAAGUCAGCAGCAAGACAUGUUGGGAAAGUCUGGAUUGGAGAGCAAUCAGAAGGACUUCAACCGUGAUGUCCACAACUUGACAACUGAAACAGCAGCAGACUACUCAGACAAGAGCCAGCAGGUUUGUGACUGUGGAUGGUCCAAAUGGACCACUGACCGAGGCCUGAGGACUCACCAGGUGAAAAAAGGAUGCAAGCCAAGGGGGAAGAGAUAUGAAGGAAGUCAGCAGCAAGACAUGUUGGGAAAGUCUGGAUUGGAGAGCAAUCAGAAGGACUUCAACCGUGAUGUCCACAACUUGACCAUGGCUGAAACAGCAGCAGACUACUCAGGCAAGAGCCAGCAGGUUUGUGACUGUGGAUGGUCCAAAUGGACCACUGACCGAGGCCUGAGGACUCACCAGGUGAAAAAAGGAUGCAAGCCAAGGGGAAAGUCUGGAUUGAAGACCAAUAAGAAGGACGACAGGCUUGAUGUCCACAACUUGGCAACUGACGAGCAAGUUUGUUUCUGUGGAUGGUCCAAGUGGACCACUUACCAUGGCCUGAGGACUCACCAGGGGUUGAAAGGAUGCACGCCGAAGGGACUGAAGAUUCCACAGAGCGAUCAGCACUUCUGGAAGACUCAGUGGAAAGCGAUGCACCCUCAGAGAAUGACUUUCAGGAAGGAGCUCUAGGGGACGUGAAGGUGAUAUCCAACCACCAGCUGAUGGAAAGAAAAUGUGUUACCAAGCCGACAACAGGGAUUCUUUUACAGCCUCUUGGGGUUACGGGACAUUUUCAACAAUAACCAAAACAAAUGUUGGUGUAUGAAGUGGUGGACAUAAGGGAAAACUUAAUAGUUCCCAAAAAGAGUCCCAUAGAAAUGAUCUCUGUUGGAGUUGGA